GAGCGACUUCCGUUUAAAGAAGAUUUUGAAACAUCUUGCAAAUCUAUUUUGAUUGUUAACUUAGUCAUUUGAUUGUCACCCUCUUUGUUUAUUUGUAAUCAUUUGACUAUCGUUCAUUAUUUAACAUGGUGAAUGAGAAUCACGUUAACGGAUCACCAGAUGAUCUUACCGAUGAACCUGAUUUUAGUGAUCCAGAGGAUUAUAUUGAUGAUGUACGAGAUGAAGAUCUGUUGCCUGAACUGUGGAGAAAAAGACCCAAAGAACAAGACGGUUUUGACAAUGUUAUUGUUGUUGAUCACAUCCCUCAAGUUGGACCAGACCGGAUUGAGAAACUUAAAACUGUCCUUAAGAAGUUCUUUAGUAAAUUUGGUAAAUUAGUUGGAGAACCUCAUUAUCCUCUUGAUGACAAAGGUUAUACUAAAGGGUAUAUGUUUGUUGAAUAUGCCAACCCUGAUAUGGCUCAAGAAGCUGUCAAAGCUGCUGAUGGACAUCAUCUUGACAAGCAACACGUUUUUGCAGUUAACUUAUUCACUGAAAUUGAAAAGUAUUCUAAUAUUGAAGAGGAUUGGGAACCGCCAAAGCCUCAGCCAUAUAAAGACCGCGGAAACUUGAGGAAUUGGCUAUUAGAUCCUGAUUGUUAUGACCAAUAUAGUGCUCUUCAUGAUGAGGGAAAGAUAGUUACCAUUUUUAAAAAUGCAACCCCGGAUCCAAUUGCAGUUAAAGAACGAAAAGCCUGGACAGAUGCAGUUGUUAUCUGGUCUCCAUUAGGAACAUAUAUUGCAACCUUCCACAGGAAAGGAAUCGCUCUUUGGGGUGGUGAUGAAUUCAAUCAAAUUGUUAAAUUCUCACAUGAAGGAGUUCAAUACAUUGACUUUUCUCCCUGUGAAAAAUAUCUUGUUACAUUUAGUCCAAUUUUAGCUGCCAAUGAUCACCCUGAAGCUAUCAUUGUUUGGGAUGUUCGCACAGGAGUUAAAAGAAGGGCAUUCCAUUCAGAUCAAGAGAAAGUUAAUUGGCCUGUAUUCAAAUGGUCUCCCGAUGAUAAAUAUUUCGCCCGUAUUGGACCAGAUAUGCUGAGUAUUUACGAAACACCUUCAAUGGCUCUUCUAGAGAAAAAAUCAAUGAAAAUUGCUGGUGUUAAAAACUUUUCUUGGUCUCCAUCACAAAACAUACUCGCUUAUUGGGUAGCUGAGAAUAAAGAUGUGCCAGCCAGAGUUACAUUGCUUGAAAUACCUUCUAAAAAUGAAUUAAGAGCGAAAAAUCUUUUCAAUGUUGCUGAUUGUCGCAUGCAUUGGCAAAAGUGUGGUGAUUAUUUAUGUGUUAAAGUCGACCGGUACACCAAAGUUAGAAAAGAAAAGAAUGAAGUUAAAUAUUCUGGAAUGUUUUACAACUUUGAAAUCUUUGACAUGAGGAAAAAAGAUAUUCCAGUGGCUAGCAUUGAGAUUAAAGAGGGAAUUGUAUCUUUCGCCUGGGAACCGGUUGGCAAUAAAUUUGCCAUUAUUCAUGGUGAUGGACCACAAUUCUAUACUGUCUCCUUUUAUGGUAUUAAACAAGGAACUACAAUUUCUUUAUUAAAAAAAUUCGACAACAAGCAAUGCAAUCAUCUCUUCUGGUCUCCUAGUGGUACUUUCAUUGUGAUGGCUAGUUUGCGAAGCAUGAACCAUGGACUCGAAUGGGUUGAUACUUCUGAUAACUUCAGUGUAACUAAUACUGGUGAACAUUUCAUGGCCACCGAUGUGGAAUGGGAUCCGACUGGUAGAUAUGUUGCUACUGCUGUCAGCUGGUGGGCUCAUAAGGUCGAUAAUGCGUAUUGGAUUUGGUCUUUCCAAGGUAGACUUAUAAGAAAACACACUUUAGAUAAAUUCUGCCAAUUACUAUGGAGACCCCGACCACAACCCCUGCUCAGUGAGGAAAAGAUCAGAGAGAUAAAGAAGAAUCUUAAACAGUACUCAGCAGCAUUCGACAUUAAGGACAAGAUGAUGAUGUCCAAAGUGUCUAAAGAUAUUCUGGAAAAGAGAAAGAGGUUGAUGGACGAAUUCAAGGACUAUAGAGAACGAAAACAACAAGAAGCUAAGAUUAGGCGACAAAAAUUAUUACAAUUGCGAGGCAUCCGAGAUGAAAAGAAGGAAGGUGACAGUGAAGAAAUAGUUGAAUUUUUGAUUCGAGAAGAAAAGAUCGAGUUAGGUCCUGAUGAUUAAAAUUAUCUGUUCUUUCUAUAGAGCUUUGAUAAAUAAAACUCAACCUUCAAGUAUGAUACAAAAAAUCACUAAUCAGACUUGUAUUUUAAAUAACUUAAUCUUUUCGGUGAAUAAAGUUUAUAAAAGAGACAAUAAA